UUCUUCCUAAGAGUAUAAAAAUGUCUUUCAUUCCUCCAAAGCUAUCUAUCUUCAAGUUUAAUUUGCUGAAAAGAAAGUUCAGAAGCUAGAGUUUUCUUUCAAUAUUUCAAUGGCAGGUAUUGCAUCUGGAAUCAGCAAGCUUGCCGUUGGCCCAGGUGAUGCUCGACGCCGAUCACUACAACCUCAAACUACUCCAGACAACAACCCCGACGCCAACAACCCCGACGCCAACAACCCCGACACCAACAACGUCGACACCAACAAAACCGACACCAACACCACCUCUAACACCGACAGUAGCAGUAACAGUGAAAGUUCUGAAGAGUUCGGUUAUGUGAAUUCUGCGAAGCAAGAUAUCAAAGGUCUUACCAACCUAACUGGGUAUGUGAAAGGCAACGCCAACGGGGUCAUCAACUUUGGCACCUUGAGAGCCUCCGAUCCUAGGGUCCAACCAUGAACAUCAAUAAAUAAAUAUAUAUAUAUAUAUAUAUAUAUAUAUAUAUAUAUAUAUAUAUAUAUAUAUAUAUAUAUAUAUAUAUUAUAUAAAGCUGCAUGCAACUCAAUAAGGAUAACCUAUGCUGUGAUGGUGCCUAUAGAUUGUUUUCAUAUGUUUUACACGCCAAAACCAUCAUUAUAGGAAUAAAAUGGAGCGUGGGUGUACGAUCAUUAUCUAAGUUCAAAAAUGUUGUUAUUCAAUAAAAUAAAUUAAAAGGAGGUUUACAUAA